AGAAUAUAUUCUUAUGGUUACCAUUCGUAGAAAUCGAGUAAAACUGUUAUAAGUAGAGAACGGUUAAGUCGUUGGAAGAGGUGCGCAGAAGCCGGUUCUUUGCAGGGCGCUAACAAUGGUAUCGCCGUGCCUGGACGGACCCGUCCCCGCAAAAACUGCGCUCCGCGUGUUCCGUACUCCAGCGGCGGUCCGUCCACACUCGCGUGUAGCCGCACCCGGCUUGGCGCUCUUCGGUUUUGUCCAAGUAACUCGUACAAGCGGCUGCGAGGAACGUUCGCCAGCGAUGCAAACGAUUUUUCGUGAAUUGUCGGAACUGACAAUGGCAGUGAGGUGAAGUGCGUCACAGUUUCAUCGGAGUUCGAUCUUUUUGGGCGUUCUGUACUACAAAGAGAGCUGGCGCGGCGCGCACGAGAGGCCGCCUCUAGAAAAAGAGCGCGUCUCGCGCGUUGCGCUACAUUGGAGUACGACGAUAUGUACGCGUGAAAACGUUGGAAGGACAUCGGAAAUUGGAAAGAGAGUUUUGUUCGUUCGAUAAACAACAGCGGUUAAACGCGCGUUAAAGUUUUCCAAGUUGCGUGUCGGCGAGAAUUUUCGGCUGAAUUGCGAAUCGAAAGUGUAAGAAGAAGAGGUUGGCGCGCGCCGAGGCAAGGCUCAGGAGAAGACCGCGUCUCGCGUGUCGCGAUGUGCUGCGGUGGCUAUUGUGCGACACAAUCAUCGAAGCUUAUCGACAUUCGUGGAGCCGUUGUAUGUGUCCGUCGCGCACGGUAGCCGAUAGACCCAGAAAGCAUUUCGCGAGCAGUCUGUGCACAGUGUCAACGCGUACGCGGACGUAUACGGGGAACGCAACCGGCGGCGAUAUAUCCCGCGUGCACCCCUAAAGACGCCCUAGUACCGUGUAUCGUUCGUUUACACGCAAAGCCAGCCCUGGACACAUACAUUUUCACGUAAGCGCGACACGUACGUGUGGCAUGCACAUUCGCAAGAACUGGUGGACUCGUGGAAUCGUCGUUCGGUCGCGUGUAUCGAAGUGGCCUGUCGCGAAGCGCGCUUAACAGAGAGAUCCAACACUGUGGAAAACUUGUCUGCGUACGGCAAGAGAGAUCGGCGAGAGAGGAGAGGUAUCCGUCAUUCGACGAUUGGCGCGUGGCAUAGACGUUCGAUGGUCACUUGGCGCGUAUGUAGUGCAAUUAUAUUCCCCGGUUAUCCCGUUUCGUCCCCGUGAAACAGGCAUUAUUUAUGGGUGCAUGGAUCGGUGCAUUUUCACGAGCGAAACAAAAGACAAGGAACGAACGGUACGCGGCCAGUGUGAACACGGUACUCUUUGUUCGGUUCGCCGAUAUUUCGAUAACGAUUUAUUCGAAUUUUGAAUCGUGCCAGACGAUUACCGGAAGGAAGUUACGUACGCGGGCUGAAAAAGUAUCACGACGUCGAAAGUGCGUGCAAAGGGUGUGAAAUGCGUCGCGCUGCAGUUCGAUGUUCGAUCCAGCAGCGGCGGACGACCUGACUGUGUCAGAUUGCCUCUCAACGUCGUCGUCGUCGUCGUCGUCGUCGUCGUUGCACCGUGCACCUCUCGGCUUCAGUCCAACAAUGGAUCGGCGCAGCUGCGGUACGCGAUUCGAAAUUCUCUCCCGGUAGCGAACGAACAAUAGAAAGUGAUCAUUCGUGGGCUCGCUUGCGAGCCGCGUUUAAUCGCUUUGCGGCUCGGUGAUUGACUCCGAAACGUUGAAGCAGACAUUUCGCGCGUUCCGACUGCGCCAUAGAUUUUGCACAUUAUUGACUUCGUCGAUCCGUGCAAUCGAUAAUAUUGCAUCACGUUGACGAGUUUCUCCGGAUUGUGUUGCCACUUUUCGACGACGAUACACAUUCGUCGUAUUAGGAACGAGUCAACUGUGCGGUACACGCUUUUAUUGUAACGCAUUAUUUAAAUUUGUUUACCUGUAAGCACGAUUCUGCGCUCGAUACAAAAAAGGGUCUAUAGGAGCAGGUUCUACCGGUGAAAAUGAUCGACUUUUUGAAUCUGCGCGUCGUUUUAAAUGCAAUCAAGAGCUUUCGGUACUCAUGUGACGUAAUAUAAUAGAUUGAAAUACGCUUUACACGGUAAGAUUCGCGGUUGCACGAACGAUUUAACGAAAUUCUGAAGAUUAAGCGAUGUAUGACCAGAAGCAGAUAAAUACGGGAAAAUAUAGAAAUUUGCCGGGUCAGUUAUGACAUCACGUGGUACGUAUACAAUAAAAACGUGCAGGAAGCACAGUGGAAACCGUUUCUGCGAAUUUAACGUUGCUAUCGAACGUUACGGGGACAUAUAUCGCGAGGCAUCGCGUUCCAGCGCAAAACGUUUUAUCGACGCGUAAUAAUGCAGCAACACCGAGUAGAAACGCAAAUACUCCACGAGGAGCAAAUCCUGGAAGCGAUAGAUCAGCUGCGUCGACGUAAAGCGCGACCCGAUGCCGACCGUAUCUGCAAUUACCUGCUACGGAAGUUUUCUGUAGACGCACGAGACACUAUCGCCGAUCUGCAUCGGUUGAUCGAAGCGGAAAAGGUGAUACAGGUUGAUUACAAAGGUAACACCAGUUAUAGAAAUGCCUCGAAAUGGUCGCGAUUGCAGCUUUACAAAAAUCGGCCGGAGGGUUUCGUGAAGGAAAAAUUGAAUUCCGGGAUGGUGGCGGGUGCCGUGGCCGAGCUCGUUGUCGAGGAGCCGGAUUACCUCGAUCAAGGUGUACCGGCUUACAGGUUGGUCGAGCAGCUGCUCGAUGGUGUUUCGAAUCCUACUUCUAGACGCAUGGUGGAAGAUUUUCUUGGAAAAGAAGUGGCUAGUGGUAAUUUGACGCGUUUGUCUAACGGCAAUUACUCGCUGGUGGCGACGUCUGACAUGACAACCACCGCCGAACCAACGCAUCGUGAAUCAUUUACCCUCGAGAAUGGAAACGCGCGGCGGAAAGAAUUGCAAACCGUUUCCUCGACGACGGAUGGACUGUACGAUUUCGACGAAACCGAAAACUUGACGAUUACGGACUCUAGAUCGAACACGCCGAGGUCCUCGCGUCAAGCAAGCCCGAAGCUCGAACCUCAAAUUAGAAAAGAGGAAUGUUUCGAAAUAGUCGUCGGAAGGAACGAGAACACCGAAUCGUCGGUGGAACACGAUUCCAUAAAGGAACAGGAUUCCCAGGAACCGUCGCAGACUUCCGUCGAGGAUGUGAAAGAUGAAGCCAAGAAUACGGAUAAUCAAUCUCAUAACCUCAAAAGGUCAUCGAAAGCUGAGCGUAAACAGCGCUUACUCGUUCGAACAGAUGAUCCUAUGGACAUAGAGAUCAAAUUUGAGGAUUAUCGUAAAGACAAUAAAGAAGAGACAAAUUCGCAAAAAGAAAAGAGGGAAGAGUCCGGACACCUUAGCGAGGAACGAGAAGAUGAAGAUGCGGGAAGGAGUUCCACUAAUCCUUCGCCUACUCCAUCUAAUGCCAAUGUUGGUGGAUUUCGUAGCGCUCGGAGAAAGAGAGCAAAAAAAGUGUUUGAUCCUUCUGACAAUAAUCUUGUAAAACGAAAGCGUGGAAGACAGCCGGGUUCUCAAAAUAAGUCUUCUUUGUCUCAAGAGUCUCAAGAUACUUCCAAACCAACUGUCAAAGAUGGACCUUGUAGACAAUGUAGUCUUUGUGCCAAAGAAAAGCAAGAAAGCUUGGUUGCUUGCCGCGAUUGUACUGUACGAGCACAUCCAAGCUGUAUUUAUAGUCCAGAAGAAAUGAUCCAAAAGGCAGGAAGUAAUUGGCAAUGUGAACGUUGCAAGAGUUGUACGAUAUGUUGUGAAACUUCAGAUGCUGGUCAACUCGCGACGUGUUUCACUUGCGAUGAAGCUUAUCAUUAUUACUGCCAUACUCCACGAAUAAUAAUUCCUAAAUCCAAUUCAAAGUGGCAAUGUAAUGACUGCACCCAAAAGCAGUAUAAAACAAAUAUAAAUCAGAAUAUUAGUUUGGUUACAAGCAGACCUGACACACCAUCGAAUCCACCUGUUUUACCUCCAGUCUUAAGUCCUCAAGUUUCUCCUGCCAGAGCAUCCUCUGAUCAAAUGGAGGAUGAUAGUCCGAGAGAUGGAAUUGAUCCAAAUAUACCUGAUGCUUCGGAUUGGACAUCUGAACAAGUGUAUCAGUAUUUUGCAAGACUUUUUCCAAAGGAAGCCGAAGUGUUCAGACUACAGGAAAUCGAUGGUCAUUCUUUACUGUUGAUGAAACGGUCUGAUGUUUUGAGUGGACUGGAUCUGCUUUUAGGUCCAGCAUUAAAAAUAUAUAGGCAUGUACUAAAGCUUCAAGUGCGAAGAGAUGAUCCAAAACUUUAUUGGCUGUAAAUGGUUUAAUUAUUUAAGAAGUUAGGAUAAUAUUUAAAGAAGGUUAAGCACUCAUUGUAUUGUACAGACAAAUUCUUUUUAUAUUUAAGGAUUGUGAAUAUUUUUUUGAUUCGAGAUAGUUUUUCAUAUUGUACAUAUCGCAGUUAUCUUGAAUUGAAAAAAUCAUUCUUAGCAUAACAAAAUUUAAAAAUACUGACAAAUAAGAAAAGGAUAAUUAAAAACUGAAACAUGUUGUUUGUUUUCUAUCAAAGUACUUUUGUAUUGGAUAGUUUAUACGGCUUACCAUUAGUGUAAGUUCCUGUAUCGAUGCAGUAGAAUAUACUUUUUGUUUAAUAACUGUAACCAAUAUUUCCAGAAGGUGCUAAUUUUCUCACUUGUUAAAUGUUGACAUUAACUUCAUGUCCCGUGAUAAAAAUUGUUCUAUUUAAAUAAAAUAAUUCGAAUAUGAGGAAAACGGUAAAUAGUAUUUGUACAUCUUUGUAUCAUUUUUUUUUUAUUUUUUACAAUACACAGCAAGAUAACAAAUAUUUAUUAAUAAUACAGUACACUUGUCAAUAUCCUAUGUAAGGAACAUGAUACUUUGGUUUGAAAUAUACUUUCUUAUGCAUUAAAUAUAUCAGUAUUUACAAUAUACUCCCCCUUCAAUUAAAAAAUCCCAUUAUUACUUUCAUAACAUACAAGAAUCAUAUUUUGAAUAUUUUUAACAACUCUUUACAAAGAGAAAUUUUAUUAUAUUUAAUUUUUAAAUCAUUUUCUAUAACAUAACCAAUAAGUAAACUUUGCUUAUAUAAUUUGAUUCCUUUAGAAAUACAGACGACACUUUUAUUAGAUGAUCUGUAACAAUAGCUUAUAUAUUCUUACAACAUUGUAUUCAUAACACUUAUAUUCAUCUGUCAAUUCAUACUUAUUCCAAUUUAAAAUCUAUUUGACCAUAUUCCGUAAACCUACGAAAUAAUAACAUUACGAUAACGUAAAAGUAAUUUCAUUUGAAACCAUUUGUAAUCUUGGUAAUUAUAUAAUUAAUCAAUCGAUUCAUUAUUUUAAAUCUCAUUAAAUCGUGAACAAUUGAACAUUUAAUACUAGUACAAAGGUAAAGACAUUACUACUUUUGUUAAUACUUAUAAGCAAUGUCUUACUCUAAUUAUAUAAUUACACAUCAAUUUAUAUGUUGAGAGAAAAUAUCAAGUUUAUACGUUUCAGUAUAAUAUAGCUAGAGUAUCGAAAAGUCUUAAAUUGUACUUCAAUAUUUAUAGUAAUAUUCAUUAUGCAUUUACUAUGUCAUGUACCAUACCACAUACCAAAAUUCCACUGAAGUAAAAUUGUACAUAAUAUUUUAGAUCUAUUCUCAUCCUUAUAUUGUACUAUAUGUACUUGCAUAUUAAAGUAUUUCAUUUUUCUCUGCAUGUAACAUAGAAAUGGAAGGAAAAUUUUAAACAAUGAUUAAUAUUUUCACGUAAGACAAACUAAGUCAAUAACUAUUGCAAAUAUAAACCAUCUUUCUAAUAUUAAUUGUUUUAAAGUGUUUAUUUUUAUUUAUUUUUUAACAUUAAAUAUGAAGAACACCACAAAAUAUUUGUAUCAACUAAACAUGUGAUUUAAAAAAAAAAGUAAA